GUACAGCAUCUCUAAUUGAACCGUCCCUCUGUUUCAUCCUCAUUCUUAUUUGCCACCAUAUAAAGAUUUCAUAGACAGAGGAAAGAAGCAGAGCAAAUGGAGGGAGCUAAUGUUCCAUUGUUGGAACACUUAGCUUCACCUUCGAUGGUCCAACAAGAUGAAGAUGAAGAUGAACAAGACCAAGUUCUUGCACGGAGAGUUUGGAUAGAAUCAAAGAAGCUUUGGGACAUUGUAGGUCCUGCAAUCUUUAGCCGCAUCGCCUCCUACUCCAUGUUCGCCAUCACGCAAGCCUUCGCCGGCCAUCUUGGUGACCACGAAUUCGCUGCAGUCUCCAUUGCCAACACUGUCAUCGCUGGCUUCAGUUAUGGUUUCUUGCUGGGUAUGGCAAGCGCUUUGGAAACACUAUGUGGGCAAGCUUUUGGAGCCAGGAAAUACUACAUGUUGGGUGUAUAUAUGCAACGAUCAUGGAUUAUUCUGUUGAUUUGCUGUGUUCUAAUUUUGCCUAUGUAUCUCUUUGCCACUCCAACUCUAAAACUUUUGGGACAGGAUUCAGAUGUGGCAGAGCUAGCGGGGGUAGUCUCAAUUUGGUUAAUACCGGUUCAUUUUAGCUUUGCAAUUCAGUUUCCAUUCCAAACUUUCUUGCAGAGCCAGCUUAAGAAUAGUGUGAUUGCUUGGGUAUCUCUGGCAGCUUUGGUGAUCCAUGUGAUUUUGAGCUGGUUGGUUGUGUAUAAGCUUCAGGUUGGGGUUGUUGGUACUGCUAUUACUUUGGACAUCUCUUGGUGGAUAUUGACGAUUGGGCAAUUGGGUUACACGGUCUUUGGUGGGUGUCCAUUAACUUGGUCUGGUUUCUCCAUUGAAGCAUUUUCAGGCCUCUGGGAGUUUAUCAAACUCUCUGCUGCUUCCGGGAUUAUGCUCUGCUUGGAAAUCUGGUACUAUGCAAUACUUGUAGCUAUGACUGGAAAUCUGACCAAUGCAGAGAUUGCUGUGGAUGCUUUAUCCAUAUGCGUAACCAUAAGUGAUUGGGCAAUAAAUAUUCCUCUUGCGUUUUUUGCUGCUACCGGAGUGAGGGUGGCAAAUGAGCUUGGAGCAGGGAAUGGGAAAGGAGCCAAAUUUGCCACCAAAGUAUCACUGGUGACAUCCAUUAUAUUUGGUGUUUUCAUUUGGCUAUUGAUUAUGAUAUUCCACAAUCAAAUUACUUUUAUGUUUACUUCGAGUGAACCUGUACUACAAGAAGUAAACAAACUUUACAUCCUCUUAGCCUUCACAAUUUUGCUCAAUAGUGUUCAACCUAUUCUCUCUGACAGGAGUAGCUGUAGGAUGUGGCUGGCAAUCACAUGUUGCAUAUAUAAACUUAGGUUGUUAUUAUUUGAUCGGAGUUCCUCUUGGAUUUUUCAUGGGAUGGAUUUUCCAUCAAGGAGUUAUGGGAAUUUGGGCCGGCAUGAUUUGUGGGACUGCGAUUCAAACCUUGAUUUUGGUCGUCAUUACUAUUCAAUGUGACUGGGAAGAUGAGGCAGAGAAAGCAAGAAUGCACCUAUUGAAGUGGGACAACACAAAGCAAAAACAUUAAUAUACAGUAAAUCGCCCUUAUAUUAUGACAUUUUGGUGUAUUUUCUUCAUGACCAUUAUUAUUAUAUUAGUUCUUAAAUUGUUGCAAACGUUGGAUUUAAAGAUGUGUUUAAAGUUUAAAAAUCCAAUAAAAUACCAAAAUAUAAAGACAAAAUAAAUUUUGUCCAAAC